AUGUUGCAGUUCAACUUGGGCUCUGGUGAGGAAGGGCUAUUCCUUCCAUUCACUGUGACGUUCGACGGCCUAGGAUGGAGGUCUGUUAAAGGCCACCCGAAGCCCGAGCACGGCAACGAGCGAUUCACCUGGUGUCUGCACGCCCGCGUACCUCCUGGUCCAGUCGACUUCUAUAUCCAUGAAGUUAUCCAUCUCGACACUAAUGUGCAGACCCUCGGUGUCCGUGAGGUCCUCACCACAAAGCCACACACUUGGUCAAAGGACGAAAAUGAAGAACAGUCGUCUCCCACAGAGCUUCAUGUGCGUCUGCCUCUAGCGACAGGCAAGCGCACUUAUAAGCUCUAUCUCUAUCGUCAUGAGCCAGGCCGACAGCUUGGCCAGAGCUACUACGUCCUCUCCACCGGCGAAACUAACCCACGUAAUGCUAUCGUCCCACCCGCAGGAUCAGGGUACCCCAUAACCGACUUCGCCGGCAAGCCUCUCUCCGCCACUGAAAUUGCACAGGGGCUGACAUGGGUGGAGCCUCAGAUUUGGCGGUGGCUCGAGUCUGUUCAUGAUGAUACCGUCCCUGCUGAGGAUCCCCCGGCAACAGAAGUAGAGCAACAGUUCGCAGUCUCUGCGCUCGCGUUCGAGGUGCCUCCAGGAACGCCACCAGGACGUAAGCUCGAGCCAGGCGAAAUUGACUGGGAUGCGGAGGAGGUUUGA